GUUCAGGUUUUGCAGACUGUCUGUCUCAGCGUCGUCUGGCUCUGUCCCGGCUCUUCUCUGGGCCCGUUGAUCCUCCUCUCUUUGAGGCCUCCUCUGAUAGAUCCCAGGCCUCCUGUCUCUCCCUCCUCCAGCCUCUCAGGGACCUCCUUCCAGUUGAGGCAGAUCCAACCUUCUUCCUGACUCACCUGGUCGAAGUCCUCCAGGGUCUCUUCCCCUCAGUGGGCGGGGCUCUGCAGGCACUGGCUCGCUCCUCCCCCCGUCGCCUCCAGGAGGACCUGUUUGGAGGGAAGUUUCUGAAGAACGCUGCCUCCUUUAACCUGAGUGGGGCAGUGGGGGCUCAAGGAGCUCUGGGUCUGGACCGGCUCUCCUCUCAGAGUGUCACCAUCAGCCUCCAGAGGUACCAGGACCUGGUCCAGUCUGUCAGCAGGGCUCUGGAGGACCCUGCCUUCCUCUCCGCCCUCCAGCACACACUGGUGGGGCUCAGUAGCUCGGCGUCACUGGGACAGGUCCUGAUUCCUCUGCUGCGUUCCUGCUCCAGUGAGGACAAGGAUGAUGCAGCAGCCAUCUUUGUUCCCAGCUGCACAUCCAGUGGUGGUUUCCAGGAGGUUCAGUGUCAGAGUGGAGAGUGUUGGUGUGUCAACCCUCACGGUCAGGAGGUCUCAGGGUCGCGGGCUGUUGGCCGUCGGCCUCGCUGUCCAUCCCACUGUGAGAGGGAGCGAGCGAUGGCCCUGAAGGUGAAAUCAAACAUGGCUGCCGGUGCUGAAAUCCACAUCCCAGCAUGUUCUGAGGAUGGAGACUUCCUGCCUCUUCAAUGUGUUGGAUCACGCUGCUUCUGUGUGGAUGCUGAGGGAAACACCAUGACUGUUGGGCCAGUAGGGGGCGCAAUCACCU